AUGUACUCCAGAAGAAAUUUCACUGUUUCUUUUCUAAUUCUCGUCUGCCUCAUCAUAUCCCGUCUUUCAGCCAUUGAAUCUGACUGGGGUACAUUCUGCCAAAUUGAAGAAAAGGAGAGAGCUAUAUGCUACUUAAAUUGCUUUGAGGAUAUUUUCCAUCUUCCUUUCAAAAAUUUGGAUCUCCUUUUGAUAUCAGGUCUUGUUGUUUUUCAGAAUUCUGAUAAAUGCGACAGAAAUUUGGGAGUAGAGACUUUUGAACAAUUCAAAAAUUUGAAAGAAUUUUAUUACACUGGUGCCAUCUGUCCGUUUUCCAAACUUCCAAAUAUCUCAAAUUUGAAUCGAAUGCAAAUUCAGAUCGAUAUGAAAGGUAAGGUACCUUCAGAAUUAGGCACCUAUGAAACUACCAAUCAAACAAUUCUUCCGAAUAUUAAAAAAUUGGCAAUUAGUAGAAUAUGCUGUGAUCUAUUUGGAAGAAACUUCAUAGCUCCCCAAUUAGAAGAUUUGAAAUUUCACUGCUUGAGAAAGCGCGCCUUCAUUACAGGAGUUGAAAGAAGUUAUGGUGAUCUCCUUCAUUUCACAGCUCCACGUUUGAAAAGACUAGAUUUUAUUGAAGAUGGUUUGGGAUUUCCUGUAUCCUACGUCGGGAAUCUACCAGAACUUAAUUUUCUUUCCAUCAUAAAAAACAGCAAGCUCUCUAAAAUUCCUCCGCCCGAACCUAUUUCCAAUCAUUUGAAUCUAUCAUCCUUGAGGGAAAUAAUAUACAGUGAUCCAAAUGAACCUAACCUUCUACAAUGUCUUGAGCUUGGUGAUGUCAAUCUAACCCGGAUAUAUUUUGCUUACCCUAUUCCAACUUGUUCCUCGGCUUGGAGGUGUCCAUCGUGUCAUCCGAAUGGCACAAACGACAGCCAAAAUGUUACCAUAGUUGCAAAAUCAAAAAUAAAUACUAAAAUGAGUCACUUUUUGCCAAACAUCACACUGAAUACAACAAGCCUAGUCUUCGAGCACAGUCCUCUUCUUAUCAUUGACUCCGAAGCAAUGAGCCGUUUUUCCCAUCUAAGAAUAUUUCAAGUCAAAACAACAGAAUCGGAAAAUGGAAAGGCAAUUCUACUUGGCAAUCCAUUCAAGACCCUUCAGCGGCCAAUGGAGCUGCAAUUUCUUCGGUUAUCUCUACUGGAAUGCGACUGCCUAGAAUACAGUAGUCUUUCAUGGUUGAAAACACAGAAUGCCCUAAUUGAGGGUGAAAUAGAGUGCCCAAGAUUGGAGACUAACAAGUGGUUUAAAAUUGCAGAUUUCUUGAACGCAAUGACAAACAGCUGCAGUUAUAUUACGUCUGAAGAUAUUCUGUCCGAUUUAAACCUUCAGAGAAUAGCGAGACUGAAAGUCAACGAUUCAGGUAAUCUUGCUCGACCCUCUCUUAUUAUGGGCCUAAUUUAUUUCCUAUUCAAAUUAUUUUAG